AUGGCAAGCAAACAGCCUGAUACACUAGAGCUCUCGGAGCAACAUAAGCAAGAAGAAAUUGAGGAGUCGAAAAAUCCCCAAAAAGAUGUCACUUCUACAGAUAGUGCCAUCAGAUAUACUGCCUAUGCCAAGAGAAUUACGCAAAUAUUCAGGGCUGCCCACAGAUAUGUCGCAUAUACUUCCGAUAUAGGCGAAUCCUUUCGGCCGGUUGCCCAUCCAGUGCUCGUGAAGUUGGGAUACAGCAUUUCGUGGAUUUAUGUGCUUGGAGAUAUCAGUUUUGAGACUUGGAGAGCCAAAUUGAGGCAGCAAGGCUCGUAUUAUCCGGGUUUGAUGCCAUGGCAACCACAACCGUUGUCAAAUGAUGAAGCAGCAUCUCAAUAUAACGACCUAGACUGGAGACUUGUUGGCCUUAAAAGAGCUUUAUUCCAGUCAAUUGCCUCAAUGGGGCUUCCUGCACUCACAAUUCAUACUACUGUGCGGUACAGCGUGGGUGUCUUCAAAAAAUCAGCAAGUAAAACUCUCAGAUCGGUUGGUCCGGUUGCCUGCGGCUUGGCAGUCGUGCCUUUGCUUCCAUAUGUCUUUGAUAAGCCUGUUGAAAUUAUUCUCGACAAGGUUUUCUAUGGAUUAUUCCCUAGAAAGGGCAUUAAGAACGAGUAA